AUGGAUAGAGCACAACACGAUGCCACGGUGUGCAGACAGAGAUGGUGGUGGUUCUCCAGCUGGAUGCCCUCCUGGUGCCCCACCUCGGCUUCUCACCUCAGAAACGCAGAGGACAGAAUUCUCAGAUCUCUGACGCAGAGCUUCAGCAGACGUCAUGUGCCGAUAUCUAACGGGAACUACAUCUGGACUCUAAGCUUGAAUGAGACGCAGGACUCUGAGCGGUCUCGCGUCCCUGUGGUGCUGCUGCAUGGCUUUGGCGGUGGACUGGGAUUGUGGGUGAAGAACCUGGACGCCUUGGCUCUCAGCGGGAGAGCCGUGUACGCUCUGGACCUGCUGGGAUUCGGUCAGAGCAGCCGACCUGUGGCAGGAAGCCACGCCCAGGAAGUGGAGGAGAUGUUCGUCCAAUCGCUGGAGGAGUGGAGAGAGGCAGUGGGGGUGGAGCUUAUGAUUUUGUUGGGUCAUGACCUUGGAGGGUUCGUCUCCACGGCUUACGCUCUGACGCACCCACACAGAGUGAAGAACCUGAUCCUGGUGGAACCAUGGGGAUUCUCAGGAAGGCCAGAGGUGGAGGAGCUCCACUGCAGGAUCCCCAUGUGGGUGAAAGCUUUGGGAAAAGCCAUGAACCCGUUUAACCCCCUCUCACUGCUCAGACUCGCAGGGCGACUGGGUCCUUUGUUGUUGCAGACUGUUAGGUCAGACUUCAAACAGAAAUAUUUGUCUGUGUUUGAUGAUAACACUGUGCCGGAUUACAUCUACCACCUAAAUGCACAGACACCCAGUGGUGAGACGGCGUUCAAGAGCAUGACCGUCCCGUACGGCUGGGCGCAGCGCCCCAUGGUGCAGCGUGUGGAAAUGAUCCAUCCCACAAUCCCGAUUUCUAUCAUCUGUGGCUCUCGUUCCUGCAUCGAGGGCCAAUCAGGACAUGUCAUUAGUGAGAUGCGACCCGACUCCCAGACAGACAUUAUUGUCAUCAGAGGGGCGGGACACUAUGUGUUUGCUGACCAAUCAGAAGAUUUCAACGAGGUCGUACUGAAGAUAUGCACAGACACGAGUAAUGAAGGACUGAGAGACGUGUGA